UCUCGCAAGUAGAUCUCGCGUUAACCUCUCCCGAGUCGCUUGUCCCCCUCCCAAGUUCUCACAAACGCAAACCCCAAUCUCGCCGUCACCGCCCCCAAUCCACCCCAUCUCGCCGCCGCCGCCGCGAUGUCUCGCCGCUAUGACAGCCGCACGACGAUCUUCUCGCCGGAGGGGCGUCUCUACCAGGUGGAGUACGCGAUGGAGGCGAUCGGCAACGCCGGGUCGGCCCUCGGGAUCCUGGCGGCCGACGGCGUGGUCCUGGUCGGCGAGAAGAAGGUGACCUCCAAGCUCCUCCAGACCUCCCGCUCCGCCGAGAAGAUGUACAAGAUCGACUCCCACCUGGCGUGCGCCGUGGCCGGGAUCAUGUCCGACGCCAACAUCCUCAUCAACACCGCCCGCCUCCACGCCCAGCGCUACGCGCUCUCCUACCAGGAGCCCAUCCCCGUGGAGCAGCUCGUCCAGUCCCUCUGCGACACCAAGCAGGGCUACACCCAGUUCGGUGGCCUCCGCCCCUUCGGGGUCUCCUUCCUGUUCGCCGGGUGGGACAAGCACCACGGCUUCCAGCUCUACAUGAGCGACCCAUCUGGCAACUAUGGCGGGUGGAAGGCCGCUGCUGUUGGGGCCAAUAGCCAGGCCGCGCAGUCCAUGCUCAAGCAGGACUACAAGGACGGCUUGACCCGCGAGGAGGCCGUCGCCCUUGCGCUCAAGGUCCUCAGCAAGACCAUGGACUCCACCAGCUUGACUGCCGAGAAGCUGGAGCUGGCCGAGGUGUUUCUGCAGCCUGGCACCGGGGAUGUACAGUACCAGGUGUGCUCUCCUGAGGCGCUGGGGAAGCUGCUUGCAAAGUCUGGCCUGACACAGCCAACACCCGACGCAUAAUGUUCUGGUUUGCUGUGGCUUGUGAUGCCUACUACUGCUCUUAGACAUGGUUUAAGCAGUUAUGCUUCUGUUGUGUGAACCUAAAUAUUCGAUGAUUAUGUGGUCUAAAAUUUUAUGUUGAGCAUCCUUGAUCUGUUAAUGUUUCAUCUGUAACAGUGGAUUGCCUUGAACUGGUUGCAAAUUGUUGAUUUCGAUCUGCUCUA